GAAAAAUUUCCUCCCCUUCUUCCCUUACAUUCUCACACCACCCUGGACGAACAAGAAAAGGAGACGAAAGAGAUUCAAGAAAGACCAGGAACGAGAGCGAAGGCAGAGUAGUAGAAGAAGAAGACACAGAAGAAAAAGAACAGAGAAGGAAGUAAGGAAGAAAACAACGGGGGCGUUGGUCACUUCUUCUAUCUUCGCUCUGCUUUCAUUUUCUGAUCUCGAGAGAGAUCGAGAGAGUCUCUCUUUUCGCUGGCGAUUCAGCAAAUGUAGGAGCUCCCACGGUGGAGAAGGGAAGGAGGAAAAACGGAAGGUUCCAGAAGUUUUGGCCCCGCACCGCAGCAGUGGAGGGAGGACUUUUUUCGGGAUAGAUGUCUAAAAAGUGUCCGGAUACAACGAGAUGCAGAAAGGGAGCCACUGGACGAAGAUAGAAGGAUGAGAGGCGAGAGCAGAUCUAGUUGAUACUGUAGCUGGUGGGUUAUCGGCGUUUCAUGUUACCUGGAGCUCAAUUACCUAAUUCACUCUCAGGUAGUUCACCAUCAGAGAGAGGAAGAAAGCUUUUCUAGUUUCUGCAUAAACAGUUUGCUUUGUAGAUUUUGAAGUUACAGUUAAAACAUGAUGGACGAAGAUCUUGGAGUGGAAGCCAAGGAGGCUGCUGUACGCGAGGUUGCCAAGUUGUUACCUCUGCCUGAGCUGUUGCAAUCGAUUGCCUCUAUCAAAGCUGAUUAUAUUUCACGGCAACAGGCUAAUGAUGCUCAGCUUAGUACAAUGGUAGCAGAGCAGGUUGAACAAGCACAAUCUGGCUUGGCCUCACUUUCAUCAUCUCAGACGACGAUAAACCAACUCCGUGAGAACUUUAUCGGCAUUGAGAGGCUUUGUCAAGAGUGUCAAACCUUAAUUGACAACCACGAUCAGAUAAAGCUCCUUAGCAAUGCAAGGAAUAACCUCAACAUGACCUUGAAGGAUGUUGAGGGUAUGAUGUCAAUAUCUGUUGAAGCAACAGCGGCUCGAGAUUCAUUGAGUGAUGAUAGGGAACUUGUCAAUACUUAUGAGAGGUUAACAGCACUCGACGGGAAGCGAAGGUUUGCAUUGGCAGCCGUAGAAUCUCAUACAGAAGAGGUUGGAAAAUUAAGGGAAUAUUUUGAAGAUGUUGAUCAGAGUUGGGAGACCUUUGAGAAGACAUUAUGGGCCCAUGUUGCCAACUAUUACAAGCUUGCUAAAGAAAGCCCACAAACGCUGGUUCGUGGUUUGAGAGUCGUUGAAAUGCAAGAAAUUCUUGAUCAGCAAAUUGCAGAGGAGGCAGCUGAGGCUGAGGGAGCUGAUGCAGUGACACCAGUUGCAAAUCCUACUCGAUCUGCAAAAAAAACUACUGGUGCAGCAGCUGUGAAAAAUGUCGUCCAACAGAAAUUAAAAUCUCAGGGAAAAGGUUAUAAGGACAAAUGCUAUGAGGCAAUACGAAAAGCGGCGGAGGCACGGUUCAAUAAGCUGCUGACUGAGCUAGUAUUCCAGGAUCUGAAAGCUGCUUUAGAAGAAGCUCGAACGAUCGGAGAAGAGCUUGGAGACAUUUAUGACUUUGUGGCUCCUUGUUUUCCUCCAAGAUAUGAAAUAUUCCAACUCAUGGUGAAUCUGUAUACUGAGAGAUUUAUUCAGAUGCUCCGAUUGCUCAGUGACAGAGCCAAUGACCUCACAAAUAUAGAGAUUUUGAAGGUUACAGGUUGGGUGGUUGAAUACCAAGAUAAUCUGAUUGGACUUGGCGUUGAUGAAACCUUGGCACAAGUAUGUUCGGAGAGUGGUGCGAUGGAUCCCCUCAUGAAUUCUUAUGUUGAGAGAAUGCAAGCUACAACAAAGAAAUGGUACUUGAAUAUACUAGAAGCUGAUAAAGUACAGCCGCCAAAGAAAACAGAGGAUGGGAAGUUGUACACUCCAGCUGCUGUCGACUUGUUCAGGAUUCUUGGGGAGCAAGUUCAAAUUGUUAGGGACAAUAGCACUGAUGUCAUGCUUUAUAGAAUUUCUUUGGCUAUUAUUCAGGCAAAUUUUCAAGCAGCUGAAAAGAAAAGGCUCCAAGAACCAGCUUCUGAAAUCGGUUUGGAGCCUCUGUGUGCAAUGAUAAAUAAUAAUCUGCGUUGCUACGACCUUGCAAUGGAGUUAAGUACAAGCAUAAUUGAAGCACUUCCACAGAAUUAUGCUGAGCAGGUCAUUAUAUUGUUCCCAACCAUGUAUUCAGUCAAGCAACCUGGUCUCUGUCUUGAUUACAUCAACCCCAAAUGUGUUAAUUUUGAAGAUACUUGUAAAGGCUUCUUGGAGGUCACAAAGGAAGCAGUGCAUCAAACAGUUAAAGUUAUCUUUGAAGAUCCAGGGGUUGAAGAGUUGCUUGUCAAGCUUUAUCAGAAAGACUGGUCGGAAGGACAAGUCACCGAAUACCUUGUUGCAACGUUUGGUGAUUACUUCGCAGACGUAAAAAUGUACAUUGAGGAAAGAUCGUUUAGGAGAUUUGUGGAGGCUUGUGUGGAGGAGACAGUGGUGGUUUAUGUUGAUCAUCUUAUGACGCAGAAAAACUACAUAAAAGAAGAGACCAUAGAGCGGAUGAGGCUUGAUGAGGAGGUGAUCAUGGACUUCUUCCGCGAGUAUAUUAGUGUCUCUAAAGUGGAGAACAGAGUGAGGAUAAUGAGCGACUUGAGAGAACUUGCUUCAGCAGAAAGCUUGGAUACGUUUACACUUGUGUACACUAACAUUCUGGAACAUCAACCAGACUGCCCGCCUGAUGUGGUCGAGAAGAUUGUUGCGUUGCGGGAGGGAAUACCUCGAAAGGAUGCCAAAGAGGUGGUGCAAGAGUGCAAAGAGAUAUACGAGAAUUCGCUUGAGGACGGUAACCCACCGAGGACAGGUUUCGUGUUCCCGAGGGUGAAAUCUUUAGCUGCUCAAAAAGGUUUUAACUGGCGAAAGCUCACCUAAACUGCCGAAACGGCUCCAUGCCUCUCGAGAAGGGUGUCGUUCUUCACCCUGAAGAUAGAAUAGUACUAUACUAGUGCAUUUAUUCAUUUAUGUCUAACAUCCUUCUGUUCAUACUGUCUCAAAUGAAGUAUUCUUCUGUUCACGUCUUGGGGUUGCGGAGAUAUAAUUUAUAGGCUGUUGUUUAUUUGGUGUUUUGUAACCCUCUCUUCUCCCCCUUUCUUUUUUGUUUUGGAUUAGAUUUACUUCAAGUUCAUUUUGGUAAAAGUAUUGUAGUAAAAUUUCGAGAACUGGCGAAUACGCCAGGGGACUAGACAUUUACCUGGAGAUUUGAUAUGAAGCUAAGCCAUCCUCUUGAGUUUACAUUUCAGCAAUUUGCGAACACGUCAC